GUCUCAUUGACUUUAACCAUAAACCUAAUGCCUCUGCAAAGAAGAACAUAGCCGUGUAUCAACGAAGAACAGAUUCCUAGCCUGCCGCUGUUGAGAUCUAGCCCCGCCGUCUCCAUAUCCUCUAUGUCUCCGUCAAUAUCCACACCACCACCCACCAAGGUUCGACCUAUCUCUCUUUCUACCAGGUUGAAUCUGAUUUUGUUUGUUUUGCAAGUAGGGUCAAUUCAACACAGGAGAGGAUCGCCCUCCCACGACCACCAUGUUCCAGUAUCCAAUUAAAUGCCAGAAACUGCCAACACAUGGAGCCUAAAGAGAAUGGGCAAGUCUGUAUGUCGUGGAGCUUCUCUAAAUUUCUCUGGUGCGUGUAUCGACCUGGAUCGUGUCAUUAGGUUGACGAAGCUUCUGAUUGCCUGAGGAACGGAAUGCCUGAUUCCAACUAUCUCAAUUGGAGAUGGAAACCUGAUGGUUGUGCCAUUCCACGAAUGAAACUAACCCUUAUUCUGUUGAUGAAACGUGGAGGCCAAAUUAUAUAUGCUUUAAAUCUACGACAUCACUCACAUUCUUUGAGGCUGUUGAAUAGGUUCCAAAGAUCAAGGCCGGAUACAAUCCUGCAACGUGAAUGCUUGACGUCACUGCUCCUCAAUGGAGUCACGAAUGAAUGUGGACUUUGCUCAAAUUGCUGGAAUCUUCAUGUCCUUUUCUUGGUCUCUGGAAUCUCUUCUUCUGUUUAUUCAGACAAAUACCGGUACGUAGCAAAUAACGAUAUGGUGGAGAUGGUACUACUGGUUAACACCAUUUUCUUGGACGUUGUACUGUAUAAUCACAUCUCAAGUAGGAGACAAAGAUUCGAUAGUGCAUAUUGCUGGUGUUGGAGACAUGAGCCUUAAAACUUUUCUGAAAGAUGUGUUCGGGUUCGAACAUGACUUCUUACCAGUUGUAGCUUCUGUCCAUAUAGGAUAUAUACAGCUCUUUGUCUUUGUCUACGUCUUUGCCUAUGGUAUCAGGUUUCUCAACUUUCAAAAGAAGGUGAAGGCGAAGAAGAACUUUUGUCGUAUAAUGUUUGGAUGUUGUUGGAUUCAUGUAAUUUUUUUUUGUUUUAUAUAUUGUUUUUAUUUGGUUAGUAACAACAACAAUAAUAACAGUUUGUGUUACCAAAUUAUAUGUUUGAUAUCUAUACUACUAUAUACUCUUUCAAAAUACGUUUAUGUACGAUUGUUAUCUAUAUGUAAAGCUAUACAUUCAUAGACAACAUGAGCCCG